CUCUCUCUCUCUCUCUCUCUCUCUCUCUCUCUCUCUCUGUGUGUGUGUGAGAGAGAGAGAGAGAUGGAGGCGACGGCCGUGAGCUUGGCGAGGUCCGUGCUGGACGGCGUCCUGAGCAGCGCCGGCACCGCCAUCGCCGACGAGGUGGCGCGCCUGCUCGGCGUGCCGCAGGAGGUGGAGUUCAUCCGCAACGAGCUGGAGAUGAUGCAGGCCUUCCUCAAGAUGGCCUCCGCCCACCCCGAGGCCGCCGGGCGCAGCGACACGGUCAGGACGUGGGUGAAGCAGGUGCGCGACCUCGCGUACGACGUCGAGGACUGCCUCCUCGACUUCGCGCUCUACGCGGCCAGGACGUCGUCGUCGCGGGUCGGCUCCUGGAUGCCCAGCGCCAUCGCCGAGCGCCACCGCAUCGCCGCGCGGAUCCUGUACCUCAAGACCAGCGUCGAGGCGCUGAACCAGCGCAAUCAGAGGUACCACCUUGCCGUCGGCACCGCCGCCGCUGCCGGAGUGCAGGAAGCACAGCUCCCCGAACACGACGACGAGCCCGCGUUCCAGGCGUCGGCGGGCGUCAUCGGCCGGUGCAACGAGAAGGACGCGGUGAUCAGGCUGAUGCUGCUCUCCGGCAUCAACGGCGCGCCGCGCGUGGUGUCGGUGUGGGGGAUGGGCGGCAUGGGGAAGUCGUCGCUGCUGCGGUUGGUGUACAACGACCGGGACCUCCUCGCCGGGUUCGACUGCGGCGCGUGGAUCACCGUGCCGCACCCACUCGACAGCCCCGAAGUGUUCCGGCAGCGGCUGUCGAAGGAGCGCGGGAUGACACCGGAGCAGAAGACGAUCGAGGAGCACCUGAGGGAGAAGCGAUACCUGGUCAUCUUGGAUGACCUGCUCAGCCAGGAGGAGUGGGAAAAUAUAUGGCAGGUCUUUCAGUUCCCUAAUGACAAGGACAGCCGUGUCAUCGUGACGACGCGGCGGGAGGACGUCGCCCGGCACUGCGCGGCGGCGGGGCAUGGGCCGGACGGACAGGAGCUUAUCUACGAGCUGAAACCACUGAAUGAUGUGGAGGCGAAGAGCCUCUUUUGUCAGAAGGUGUAUAAAAAUUGUGAUUAUCUUGUGCCACCGGACAUGGAAAAUCAAGCCAACUAUAUCUUGAGGAAAUGCCGGGGGCUUCCACUUGCCAUUUCCACAAUAGGAGGUUUCCUCGCCAACAGGCCUAAAACAAGCAUAGAAUGGAGGAAUCUGCACGAACACCUUGCAGCAGAGCUGGAGUCUGACCUUCGCAACAUCCCCAAGGUUAUUGUCUCAAGUUAUGAUGGCUUGCCGUAUCACUUGAAGUCCAUCUUCUUGUACCUCAGUAUCUUCCCCGAGAACCAUGAGAUCAGACGCACCCGCUUGCUCAGGCGGUGGAUGGCGGAAGGCUACAUAGGAAAGAAACGUGGCAUGCCUGUGGAGGAUGUAGCAGCGCGUUUCUACAAUGAGCUCAUUAGCAGAAGCAUGAUUCAAGGAUCCAAGGCCAGCCGUGGAGUUGGAGAUGAUCGCUGCCAAGUUCAUAGCAUGGUGCGCGAGAUCAUCCUGUCCAAGUUCACUGAGGAGAACCAACUGUUCCUCAUCGAGAAGCACUCAAAUGACAUUCCACAAAGUAAGAUACGCCACCUGGUAGUAUCUAGAUGGAAGAGUAGGGAUGAGAAGCUGCAAAACAUAACCUUGUCAUUUAUCCGAUCAUUGACGAUCUUUGGGGAGUGCCCUGCAUCUCUCAUCUCUCCAAAAUUGCUGCUGCUGCGAGUGCUUGACCUGGAGAACACGAUCAAUUUGAAGAAUGGUGACCUCAAGCACAUAGGAGAGCUACGGCACCUAAGGUAUUUGUCCCUGCGAGGAACGGAUAUUUCUAAACUUCCAUCUUCCUUGCAGAACCUUCGAUAUCUGGAGACAUUAGACAUCCAAGACACACAGGUGACACAACUACCCAGCGGUGUUGCCAAACUUGAGAAGCUCUGUUAUCUUCUAGCUGGCACCAACUUUUCCAAAGAUUUGUUGCGAAAGAUGGAGUCAGAGAAGGACAACGGUGAACACACCCUUUUACCCUCCCUAUGCUGCAACCCUGUUGAGUGCUGCAAGGUUCUCAACUUGAGUGUAAGAGCUCCUGAAGGAAUUGAGAAGUUACAGAACUUGCACAUGUUGGGGGUGGUCAAUGUUGGUAACGGCAAUGGUGUGGCAGGGAGGCUCAAGAAGCUGACAAACUUGACGAAUUUAAGAAGGCUAGGGGUCGCAGGGCUUACCGAGAAAGAAGGGCAGGAUCUGUGCCAAUCGAUAGGUGAGCUCAAGCGAUUGCAACGGCUUGAAGUGCGAUCUGAUUCAGUUGCAUUUCUGGCCCAAACCCCACCAAGCAUACCGAGAUAUCUUGUUUCAUUGAGGCUGUGUGGUAAUCUCAGCAGUCUUCCAAAAUGGAUCAGUUCACUCAAUGAUCUAGCUAAGGUGAAGCUGUUGGGGACACAACUGAAGCAGGAAGAUAUUCAUCAUCUUCAGAACUUGCGCAACCUGACUUUGCUAGGCCUAUGGGAGAAGUCCUACAUAGGGGACUCCUUGUCUUUCUGCGCAGGUACAUUCCUAAAGCUCAAGUUCCUCGACAUUGAUGGGCUAGAUAAAAUUAAAACAGUGACAAUUGAGAAAGGCGCGAUGCCUGAGCUUAAGAAACUUUGGGUGAACACGUGCCCAUCACUGAAUGACAACGAUUCUGGCUUGUAUGGAGUGCCAGACCUGCUGAACCUGAAUGAGCUUGUUCUUAAGAAAUGUGGUAAGAAAGAGAACUUGGUAAAGAUACUGCAAAGACAGAUCAGUGAUCACAAAAAUCGCCCUAAGUUACUCGUUGGCAAGUCAAUCAUACUACGAGCCCAUCCAAGCACGCCGAAAGCUGAUCAAUGAAGAUGACGCCAUAGCAAAUUAUUUCAUAUACAUGUAUGGAUUUGCUAUAAUUUGUGUAUGCUUAUGUUUGUAUUCGAAUGUAAACAAUUGUAAUGGCACUAAUAUGACACUGGCUUUCUUUGCACUGAAUUGCUGAAUAAAGGUGCGUUUUUGUUCCA